UCGAGCCCGCCCUGCCCCGGCUGGGCUGGGAACAGUUCGCAGGGCUCUGCCGAGUGGGCGAGCGAGGCGCGCGAGCAGGGCGCCCGUCCCCCCUCAGCCCCGGAAAAUGAUCAAGUCAAUCAUGUGGACAUGUUUCAUUAUUCAUUGAACACAAUCUUUUACAACGCUCCGUUUACGUGCCCGAGUUUGCUCCCGACGCCCGCGUUUCAGUGUUUAAGGUCUUAUCUUUGCAGUUCCUGACCACCACGGCUUUAAGAAUAUCCACCAGCUACAAGGGAGCUCCGUUGCUUUCAGACUUGCCCGGGAACUGGGACGCCCCUCUGGCAAUCUGUCAGUGCCCGGAUCAGCCGCAACCUUUCUGGGGUAUUUUCUCACCACACUGACAGUCCUUAAGACAAGUAUGCAGUUAAGCUGCUAAGGGAUGGAAGAAGCCAGUCUGUGCCUUGGAGUGUCCUCGGCGGCGCCGGAAGCUGAGCCCCAUCUGAGCAGCCCCGUCCUCAACGGCCAGUAUGCCAUGAGUCAGAAGUUGCACCAGAUCACCUCCCAGCUCAGCCAUGCUUUCCCCGAGCUGCAUCCACGGCCCAACCCAGAGGAGAAGACCCCGGUUCCCCUCGACGAGAAGGCCCACGUGCCCAUGAGUGGCCAGCCCAUGGGCAGUCAGAUGGCGCUCCUGGCCAACCAGCUGGGCCGGGAUGUGGACACCAGCCUCAAUGGGCGGGUGGACCUGCAGCAGUUCCUCAACGGGCAGAACCUGGGCAUCAUGUCCCAGAUGAGCGAUAUCGAGGACGACGCCCGCAAAAACCGCAAGUACCCGUGCCCUUUGUGCGGCAAACGUUUCCGCUUCAACAGCAUCCUCUCCCUGCACAUGCGCACUCACACCGGCGAGAAGCCCUUCAAGUGCCCGUACUGCGACCACCGGGCGGCACAGAAAGGGAACCUCAAGAUUCACCUGCGGACCCACAAGCUGGGCAACCUGGGGAAGGGGCGCGGGCGGGUGCGCGAGGAGAACCGCCUGCUGCACGAGCUGGAGGAGAGGGCCAUCCUGCGGGACAAGCAGAUGAAGAGCAGCCUGCUGCAGCCCCGGCCGGACUUGAAGCCCCUGCCGCACGCCCAGCAGACCCCGCUGGCCGCCUGCAACCUGGCCCUGCCCACCAACCACAGCGUGCCCGACGUGGCCAACCCGGUGCCCUCGCCCAAGCCGGCCAGUGUGCAGGAGGACUCAGCGACCCCCGCUGCUGGCUUCCGCUGCACCUUCUGCAAGGGCAAGUUCAAGAAGAGGGAGGAGCUGGACCGCCACAUCCGCAUCCUACACAAGCCCUACAAGUGCACGCUGUGCGACUUCGCUGCCUCGCAAGAGGAGGAGCUCAUCAGCCACGUGGAGAAGGCCCACAUCACGGCUGAGUCGGCCCAGGGCCAGGGCCCCAACGGCGGCGGGGAGCAGUCGGCCAACGAGUUCCGCUGUGAGGUUUGCGGACAGGUGUUCAGCCAGGCGUGGUUCCUGAAGGGCCACAUGCGGAAGCACAAAGACUCCUUCGAGCACUGCUGCCAGAUCUGCGGCCGGCGCUUCAAAGAGCCCUGGUUCCUGAAGAACCACAUGAAGGUCCACCUCAACAAGCUGUCAGUGAAGAACAAGUCCCCUAGCGACGCCGAGGUGCCUGUGCCCAUGGGCAGCAUGUCCCAAGAGGCCCACGCCAACCUGUACUCCAGGUACCUCUCCUGCCUGCAGAGCGGCUCAUUCAUGGCUGCCGACAAAGCCAGCCUGAGCGAGCCCAGCCAGCUCUACGGCAAAGGCGAGAUGCCCGUGAAGGAGAAGGAGGUUGUGGGGAAGCUGCUGACCCCCAUCUCCAGCAUGGCCCAUGGCGUCCCCGAGGGUGACAAGCACUCCCUCCUGGGAUGCCUCAACCUUGUGCCACCGUUGAAAUCCAGCUGCAUCGAGCGGUUGCAGGCAGCGGCGAAAGCUGCCGAGAUGGACCCCGUGAACAGCUACCAGGCGUGGCAGCUCAUGGCCAGGGGCAUGGCCAUGGAGCACGGCUUCUCGUCUAAAGAGCACCAGCUACAGCGCAACCACGAAGACACCUUGGCGAACGCCGGAGUUCUGUUUGAUAAGGAGAAGCGGGAGUACGUGUUAGUGGGAGCAGAUGGCUCCAAGCAGAAAAUGCCUGCUGAUUUGGUUCACAGCACUAAAGCGGGCAAUCAGAGAGACCUGCCAAAUACGCUCGACCCUUUGGAAGGCAGUCGGGAUUUUUUGUCACAUGGGCUGCACCAGGCUCUCGAGUACAACCUGCAGGGUCCCGGGAGUCUGAAGGAGAAGCCCACCGAGUGCCCGGACUGUGGCCGUGUGUUCCGCACCUACCACCAGGUGGUCGUGCACUCCCGCGUCCACAAGCGGGACCGCAAGGGCGACGAGGACGGGCUGCACGGGGGCCCCGAUGAGCGGCGCGGCUCGGGCAGUGACCAGGAGUCCCAGUCGGUGAGCCGCUCCACCACGCCCGGCUCCUCCAACGUCACUGAGGAGAGCGGGGUCGGAGGCGGGCUCUCGCAGACCGGGAGCGCCCAGGAGGACAGCCCACACCCCUCCUCGCCGUCCUCCUCAGACAUUGGAGAGGAGGCUGGGAGAUCUGCCGGCGUCCAGCAGCCCGCACUGCUUCGAGACAGGAGCCUGGGCUCGGCCAUGAAGGACUGCCCGUACUGUGGGAAAACCUUCCGGACAUCCCAUCACCUAAAGGUCCACCUGAGGAUACACACAGUGUGUGUCCACACCAUAACCAGCUGGAGGAAAGGAAGUGACUUGUACCCACAAGGUGAGAAACCCUACAAAUGUCCCCACUGUGAUUAUGCCGGCACCCAAUCAGCCUCCUUAAAAUAUCACCUAGAGCGGCACCACCGGGAGCGGCAGAACGGAGCCGGGCCACUGUCUGGGCAGCCCCUGAACCAAGACCACAGGGACGAGCUGUCCAACAAAGCUGCUUUGUUUAUCAGGCCAGACAUCCUGAGGGGCGCCUUUAAGGGUCUCCCCGGAAUCGACUUCAGAGGUGGCCCUGCAUCUCAGCAGUGGACAUCAGGGGUGUUCUCAUCUGGAGAUCACUCAGGGCAGGCCACUGGCUUGUCUUCUGAGGCUCCUUCAGACGCUCUGAAAGGUACCGACCUUCCUUCCAAAAGCACCCACUUCUCCGAAAUCGGGAGAGCUUAUCAAAGUAUCGUGAACAACGGUGUGAAUUUCCAAGGGUCCUUGCAAGCGUUCAUGGACAGCUUUGUCCUAAGCUCCUUGAAGAAGGAGAAGGACAUGAAGGACAAAGCCCUAUCUGACCCUCCUUCCAUGAAGGUCCACGGGGCAGACGGUGGCGAGGAGAAGGCGGGCGGCAAGGCAGCCCCCAGGAAGUCUGAGAAGUCUCAGUACGAGCCCCUGGACUUGUCCGUGCGGCCGGACGCCGCCUCCCUCCCAGGCUCCUCGGUGACUGUACAAGACAGCAUCGCGUGGCAUGGCUGCUUGUUUUGUGCUUUCACAACGUCCUCUAUGGAGCUGAUGGCCCUUCAUCUCCAGGCCAACCACCUGGGCAAAUCGAGACGCAAAGAUAGCGCCGUCGGGGUGACGGUCAAUUGCAAAGACCAAGCCCGGGAGGCCGGUAAAGUGGCCUUGUUGCCCUCGGUACAAUCAAGCAAAGAGAUGGCGCUUGCCAACAUGAUGGGGCCUCUAGACUCGGCUUCUGAAAAGAUGGCCCAAGGACAGGUCAAAGAGACUCUGGGGGAGCAGAAGGGUGGCCCAUGGCCUGGCCACGUGGACCCCACAUUCUGUAACUUCCCGUCAGACUUCUACAAGCAGUUCGGUGUUUAUCCAGGUCUGCUGGGCUCGGGGGCCUCCAGUUCCUGCGCCAACAGGGAGCCCGACGGGAAGGCCCACUUGGAAGAUGAUGCCCCGAUCCUGAUCCCUGAAACCACAAAUAAGAACACUACUGAUGACCUCUCGGACAUCGCCUCCUCAGAGGACAUGGACUCCUCCAAAGGAGAAAACAACGAGGAAGAGGAUAUCGACACGGAGCCAGAGGUGAUGAGCAAGCCGCCUGCCCUGAGCAAGGACGGGGGCAGCGACGGUGGGGAUGGCCUGCUGCCCGCAGGCGCCCCACAGCCCAUCCAGGGACUGGUCUCCCCUCUACCCCAGGCAUCGGAGAAGCAGUGGCACAGCCCGGGCCUUCUUCCAGCCCAGGACCCCGUGGCGAGCCUGCCCAAGCCAGAGCGGGGGCCCCAGGGCCUGGAGAAGCCGAUGAAUGUGCUGUCGGUCCUCAGGGCCUACAGCGCCGAUGGCUUAGCAGCCUUUAACGGACUUGCAAGUAGCACAGCAAAUUCUGGAUGUAUCAAGAGGCCAGACUUGUGUGGUCACAGGCCUUUCCAGUGCCGCUACUGUCCCUACAGUGCCUCUCAGAAGGGAAAUCUGAAGACCCACGUCCUCUGCGUCCAUCGCAUGCCUUUUGACAACAGCCAGUAUCCCGACCGCAGGUUCAAGCGCUCCAGAGUCGACUCGGAGGCUUCUGGGAAUUUCGAAGACCCCACAGCUGUCAAGGCGGGGAGCUCAGCGGAGCUAACGGAGGAGGGCAGCAAGGCCCAGGAGGAGCGCAACUGAGCCAACCAACCCGGAUAUUGCAAUAUUAUUUUACACAGUUUUCAGAUUAUGCAUCUGGUAAAAGAGUUUGCUAACUGCAUUCCAAGGGGAAAAAAUCAUGUACAACCUCCCCUCUAGUGUAUAGAACAUUUAAAAAAUUUAAAAAGAUAGCUAUAUAUAUAUUAAAAAAAAAUCCCCAGCCCUUGAAAAUGGCUGCUAAACUGUUACCCGGCAACAAGUACUUCCAAACAAUGCAGGUGGGAGAAAAGGGAUCUCAGAAAUGCUUGGUGUCCUCCGAGCUCAAGAAAGCUGGGGGCCCUUCCAAUGCCAGAGUCGUCUUUGUUCAAAAAUCAUGCUCUUAACUGAAAAACGAUACCAUCUAAAUGAUUUAGUGUUGCCUUGAAGAUGGAGGGGCUGUGUUUUCAUUGUUGAAAACACCUCUAUAAUCUGACACCAGCUGCUGUCAUCUGCCUCGCACCCUAAUGGGAUGUGUUGGGAGGCGGCCGCGGUGCCAGUCUGACUGGAGCGGUCACUGCAGAGAAAAUCAAUUCACGUGGUGUUGUAACUGCACUCUCAGAGAAACCUUAGCCGGCCCGCAGCCAGCGCCAGGGCUGACCGGCACUGCAGAGGAUUGCCAUCUUCAACGUGCAUUUUAAAAACACCCACAGCCAAAUGAAUCAAUGGUCAGGAAGUAUCUGCAGACAAAUGUCCAGUGCAGGUUUGAUGAGUAAUUCCUUUUUUUUAGAUCAAAUUGCAGUAUGGAGGGAAAUGCUUUUUUCUUGGUUGUCUUUUUUUCUUUUCUUUUCUUUUUUUUUUUUUUUUGGAGGAAUUUACAAGAAGCUUGCUAAUAAAAAAAUUUUUAGGGGUACAUGAUAUAAAAAUGCUUAGAAAAACUAGCCCACCCUAUCCACAGAAGGUGCUGGUGAGGAAUGGAAGUUUAUGUAACAAUAGAUAGUUUUUAUUAUGAUUUUAAAAAUUUUACUUGAAAGAAGGCUGCUUUGGUCCUUAUUAUCAGAUUUUUUUCGUGUGUUAGUUUUUGUAAGUCUCACAGACACGAAGCAAGAUUUUCUUCUCCAGCAAGCUCUUAUGAAAUAGCUUGUAUUAAAAUAUGAAUCUAAACAUCCUGCUCUCUAUCACUAAUGAAGAAGACUGUUUAAGUUAAAAUGUCUGUUUUUGUAAAACAAAUGUGUUCUAUAUUUUUGUAGAUUUUAGAUUUUCUACUGAUUGGAUACUCCAAAUUUAUCAAGUUCUGCACCACCCAGAGGGAGAUUGGAGAGCCAAUAAUGAAACAACUCAUUCUUUUAAAAAACAAUUUACGAAGACUAGUUAAUGGUUUAUUCCUGAAUCUGCUAGUGUGGUGUCAAAGUUCAGCCUCUUAACAUACUUCCUUUGCGUGACACGAAAUUGGUGCUGUUGCUUGUGAUGGUGGAGAAGUAUUGAAGUAUUAACUUCUUCUAAAAAAAUCAUUCAGACUUAAAAAAAAAAAAAAGAUAGAUAUCUCCUUGCAGGCUGGGAGCACAGAAUAAAACCCCAGGGCCUUAAAAACUUCAGCUCUGCCUACAGCAGUUUACAAAAAUACUGAACUGCAAUCAAUGUAAAUAAAAUGCUUCGCUAUCCUGAGACCAGAAGGAAUCUCAGGCUAAUAAGGAAUCCGGUUUGCAUAUGCUGUCGAGAGGGUGACAUCCACCCGGGGUUUCAGUGUAAACGUGGUCGCUGUACAACGUGGACCCAUCUGGCAUAGAGCAAGCUGCUUUCUUGUUUUUCUAGAAUAGUUCUCACUGCCUUACUUAAAUCGAGUUGAUAAACUUAAUGCAACUGUUUCUAUGAUCCUAGAGAAAGGACUGAAAUGUUAUUGAAAACUUUCCGACUGUAGUAAGCUUUAGGAUUUUAAAUGCACUACUGUGUUUGGUGACUGUGCCAGUCGCUUGCUUUCUGUGUGUUUGCCCUGCCUUUGGUAUCUUAGCAAAGAAAAAUAUAAAAAAGAAGAAAAAAAAGUAAAAAGAGCAAAAAAGAGGAAAAAAAAGUGGAAAAAAACGAGAGCCACGUUCCAUUUCUAGCACUUUGGGCGCUCUUUCAGUAUCCUUUUGUGUCUUCUGAGCAUCGUCAGAUGCGACAGGCAAUAAUUCUGUUUGUGACACUGGGAACAUCCCCUCUUCUUUGUGGCGUGUGUGUUGAUUCCAUUUUGUCCAGUGCUACCGUCCUUAUUUCCCCCCUGACACAGGCCUUCUUUCCAGAACAUUUGUAACUUGUAAUACAAACAAGUGACAGCCGCAGUGAUGCAGUGUCAGUUUCUGAAUGUCAUCAGGUUCUCAUAUCUAAACAUGUCAAGUUUUUACCCUGUAACUUCUGUAGUCUGUGAUGCUGGUCAUAAUACUGUCUACAUUCCUACACAAAGAAAAAAAAUCUAUCUUGGAGGAAAUCUGAGAUCAAUAGAGUAGAGGAUUUUGUUGCUAUGCUUGUAACAAGUAGAAAACUUUGUAUUUAAAGUUUAUUCUUGGUCAUUAUUUAUUAUUAUAAUACAUCAGUUGACAGAACUUUAUUCUGGUAUAGAAAGUAUUAAAAGUUGUUUUUUCAGCAAUGACUGUUUUCUUUCUGCUGUUAGAAUAAAAUGUCUUUGAAGCAGUC